ACUUUUUUUCGUUGAGCAACAUAUAGUUUUCAACAGGUCUCCCUUCUCUCUCCUCCUUUGGCUCCCGCAAAAACAGAAGUAACAAAACCCAUGUCUUCAACACCAAAAAGGCGCCCAAAACGGGAUUUAUCCAGUAGCUCUUCGCAUCCGUACACUAUAUCAUCUAAAAUUGAACCACCCCAUAACUUGUUUCCUUCAAAGCAAGAGUUUCUCAGACUCAUCGCAGUACUUGCAAUCGCAUCCUCGGUAGCUCUGACCUGUAACUUCAUUGCUAAUUACAUCGAUCAUUCUACAAAACCCUUCUGCGAUACCAGUUUAGACUCUUCAGAUUCUUUAUCCAAUUCAUGUGAACCUUGUCCAAGAAACGGAGAAUGUAAUCAGGGAAAGCUAGAAUGUGCUCGUGGCUAUAGAAAACACAGAAACACAUGCAUAGAAGAUGGCGAUGUUUAUGAAAGAGCUAAGAAACUUUUGGAGGGGGUAGAAAAUCAUCUCUGUGAAGCCUAUGCUGAUUUCCUGUGCUAUGGGACUGGAAUAGUGUGGGUCCAAGAGGAUGACAUAUUGAAUGAUUUGGAUGGACACCAGCUGUUGGAAAACUAUAGCUCAGACAAUCCAGUGUAUGUGUAUACCAAGAUGAAGGCAAUGGAAACCAUUAGUGAAGAAUUGCAGAUAAGGACAAAUCCUAAUGGGAAGAAAGAGUUUAAGUGUCCAGACCUGUUGGUGGAACAUUACAAACCAUUUACCUGUCACCUUCGUCAAUGGAUUUCUGAGCAUGCUCUUGUUAUCGUGCCAGUUUGUGCAUUGGUUGUGGGAUUUGCAUUUUUAGUUUGGAAAAUUCGACGGAGAUGGUAUCUAUCAACCAGAGGGGAAGAACUUUACCACCAGGUUUGUGACAUACUUGAGGAAAGGGCCUUGAUGUCAAAGAGAGUAAACGCAGAAUGUGAACCUUGGGUGGUGGCCUCUCGAUUACGGGAUCAUCUGCUUUCUCCCAAAGAAAGGAAAGAUUUUGUUUUAUGGAAAAAGGUUGAGGACUUAGUGCGGGAAGAUUCUCGAGUAGAUCGUUAUCCUAAGCUAGUGAAGGGUGAAUCAAAAGUGGUGUGGGAAUGGCAAGUUGAAGGUUCGUUGAGCUCGGGGAGAAUGAGAAAAAAAGUAGAGUCAAGCAAAUUAAAGUCCAAUGAUGGUGUAAAAGAAAAUUUUGAUAAAGAACGCCAUGAGUUGAAGCCUGAGCCCAAGAUACUGAUGUUUUGACCUGAGGUGCUUUGUCCUCACUUAUGAGCUAAAUCGACCAAAUCCUGGCAAACAUUUGGAAGGUUCUCGUAGCUUGUGUAUUGAAUCAAUUUUGUAUAAAAUGUCUUUUCAAUGGAAGAGAACAUGAUAGAAGGAUGUAAGACUUUUGCGAGUUCUGGAUAACCUGUGAGUUCCAUGGAUGAGUCAGGUCUUCAGAGGUUGGGAGGUGUCCUAUACAUUUUCUUUGCCCCUGGAUUGUGUUGCUAAUAGUUGGAACAUUUGUUUCCCUAUUUGAAGCAAUAUGAGGCCAAAUGGGGUAUUGGGCGUAGGAAUUCCUUGUACAUGGAAUUUUCGUGUGUAAUCUGAGAUGUAGCUAGUACUUUUGGCUUUAGAAAUUAAAUUAUAUUUUUUUAGCCUA